AGACCACUCCCUCUUAUCACAAGCUUCCUUCCCUACCUCUCCUCACAAACUCACCCAAGCUUCCUUUCCCUUCUUGCACUUGCUUCUCACCUCUAUCUCACAACCACUCCCUCUAAUGGCUGCAACCAUAGCAUCAAUGGCCAUGUUCAAUGCCAAGUCCCUCAACAUAACUCCACCACCUUCCCACACUUCAAAACCUUCACCAAUUCUCAAACCUAUCUCCCUCCUCUCCCUCCAAAACCUACCCAAAGGACUGGCUAUCUUCAAAUCACCACUAACCUCUACCGCUGUCGCCGGAGCCAUUUUCUCGGCUUUAAGUUACACUGACACUGCCUUCGCUGCUCAGCAAAUCGCCGAUAUAGCCGAAGGCGAUAACCGGGGGCUUGCUCUUCUCAUCCCUUUGAUCCCUGCCAUUCUAUGGGUCCUUUAUAACAUACUACAACCAGCACUUAACCAGCUCGACCGCAUGAAUAGUGAGAAAGGCUUCAUUGUUGGGCUGGGCUUAGGUGGUGGCUUGGCUGCAGCUGGUUUCAUGGCGCCAGGAAACGCCUCUGCUGAUGAGCUUGCAGCGAUCGCCGAUGCGUCAUCUUCCAGUGAUAGCCGGGGACUGCUGUUGCUUUUCGUCGUCGUGCCGGCUAUUCUUUGGGUGCUGUAUAACAUUCUGCAGCCUGCUUUGAACCAGCUCGACAGGAUGAAGUCUGGGUGAAAUGGUGUAAUUAAGGAAUGAAAUGAAUAGUCAAGUUUGUUGUUGUUGUACUCUAAAUCGUUUGUUGUUGAUGUCUCUUUAAUGAGAUUUUGUGUUCUUUGGUGAUGA